AUGUUUCCCGAUACCCCUCUUGUGUCCGAUAACGACUCUGCUAUCUACGCUAAACGUCUGGAUUUAGUUGAUAAUGUUGUAAGUACAUCUCAAGUGAGCCAUACAUUGCCGGCGGCAGAAAUCUCAGAUAAAGUCUCCAACUUAGUGAGACAAAAUCCCGAGAUUCCAGACUCAGCUAAGUUUGAAAUUGAUCCUAUCUAUUCUCCGGAUGUUUUUUCUUUCACUAAGGAUGAGUUUGCCUCUUCAAUAGCAGAUUUCCCAUGCAUUUCGCCAUGUUCUUCAUCGUCUGUAGACACUUAUCCCAGGCAAACUGCUUCUGACCCACUCUACCUGAUAUCAUCCGACGUGGUGCGAUUUCGUAACUCGGCCGCUGGGGCCUCCUCUUUAACAUCUUCAGAGUUUUCUUCAAAGUCGUCGGAUUCGGCCCCACUCGGGCCUUCACACACUUCGGAUUUUUCUCGCCCCACUGACGGAUUCUCGACUCGUGGUCAGAUGUUUAACAGCCAGCUGCCCGGCCAAUGUCGCCCAAUGCUACUGUUGCCAUUACAGCCUACAUUCUCCCAUUUAACUGCAAGCAACAGCAAGGAAAUUGCCUUUGGGCCAAAUUAUCUCAACCGCUCGUUCGGUCAAUACAAAGAGCAAAUAGGUCCUCUUAAUCAUAAUAAUUUACAUCGGUUUGCUUAUAAUCACACCUCUUUUAGUCUUCACAACCAACUUCAUUAUCAUUAUACUCACCACAAACAGUCAUUGCAUUCGGUUCCUCGCUCAUCCACUCGGAGGUCGUCGAAGUAUUACUUUCUGGCCGACUGUCCUCUCUCGCUCACUCACUCGAUCUCUAAACGUCAUGGAUCACAAGACCAAUCAGCUGGACUACCUCAUUCAAUGUGCGUUCUUAACUCGGAUUCACAUGAGGUAAUUAACUGUGGUUAA